AUGACUUAUAGCAAAGUUUAUAAUUCUAUAAAAAAUUUAGAUUCUUAUGAUUUAAUUAUUUUAGAUGAAGCUCAUAAUUUAAAAGAAUCAGGAGUUAGAUAUAAACAUAUAAAGGAUAGUAUAAUAAAUUCUUCUUUCUGUAAAGUGUUAGUUAUUUCUGGUACUCCUAUAGUAGAUUCUGUUUCAGAAAUAGAUAUUUUAUUAAAUAUUUCUGGAGAGAGAUCUGAUAUUAUAUUUUAUGAUAAUAAUUUUAAUACUGCUGAAAUAGAAUAUAUCGGUACUAAGGUUGGAGAUAAUGUAUUAUUUUAUUCUGAAUUGAAAGGAAAACAAUUAGAUAUUUAUAACAUGUAUAAGAAAAAAGAUUCAAUUUAUAUUAUAGAAAGACAAAAUGCUAUUUCUUGUUCUGAAAAAUUCGAUAAAAAUAUUCCUUUAUACGAACAAUCUUCUAAAAUUUAUGAAUUAAUUAAAACUCUAGAUAAAAAACCUACAUUUAGGUUUUAA